AAGAAAUAAGAGGAUGUCUAGUCGUAAGCCUCAAAGUACCGCAGCAAGAAUAGUCAAGUUUCACGAUGUGCAGGACCCAAAGUAUGGUAUGCUCAGCCCCUUAUCUCCUCAUCCAGUGGUUAUCCGACACCAUCAGUACCCUUCCCUUCAUCAUUACUUCCUCUGUGAACGCUUCAAGGACUUCCCAGUAGAGCAGCGCAUUCAGCGGGCCACCACGACAUGGGAGUUGGAUCGUCUUGUUAAGGAGGCUGAAGCCAACGGCUACCAACGAACGGAGUGGAACCGUAUCAAGUUGGAUGUGAUGCUGUUGGGCACGUAUUUUAAAUUUAAGCAAAAUGAGGAACCUAGAAAAGUACUUUUGAGCACGGAACAAUGUGUUUUAGUGGACCACACCAUAAAGGAUGACUUUUGGGGUGAUAAUGGCAACGGCACUGGCAAAAAUCUAAUGGGUGUCACACUUAUGGUGGUACGUGACCGCUUACGUCGCGAAGAAAGCCAUCAUUCCACCGUCGAUACUGUAAAAGAAAGUACAAAGAAGUCGGGAGUUCGUGUUCUCCGGGAUGUUAUGUCUUCUCGUCAACCUGCACGCUAAUUUCGAAUGAUUAGCUGAUUGGGUUCACUAGCCAUUUUCUUAUUUAUCCCUGUGCAUCUGGGUGUGUAUUGUAAUCUGGAAGAAAAAAUGUACAUUUGGCUCGAGGGCAGAAAGUGUACUUUAUGCACUUCUGUGAAAGCUUAACUCUCUUUGGGAAAAGAUUUGUUGAACGCGAUAGCAAGAAUUUAUGUAAAUAAAACUUUUACUUCUUGUAGGUA